UGCAUUCAUUAGUCAGGGGUCAGCCUAUACUUGACUCACUAGAUCGUGAGCGUAUAUCACGGUUUCGCGCAAUUUCGUUGUCAUGCUGCUAAUAGUCGAUCUCAUUUAUCGUUUCACCAGUCUUGGGAAUGUUUUUCUGCUGUUACCUUUGCUGUUCCUUCUUCAUUACCUGAUGGUGCUCUACGAGUUCAGAAACAUGCCACCUGGUCCUCGCUUUACGGCUCUCCCUGUGCUUGGAAACAUAUUUAGUCUUAAGUUCAGAGCGGAUAAAUUAAGCGACCGUUUUCGAAGGUUAGUAUAAUACGAAUCCAUAAUAUAUAUAUGCACUAUAGGCUAUACUCAUAAAACCUAUAGCCGGGAAAUUUUAUUAUGUAUUUGAUCUGUACCAGUAAUCAUGCACGUUCAAUUCUUCAGUGUCCCUUUCUGAAAUAGUGAAAGCGAACUCUUAGAGUUUUAUAAAAACGUGUUAUCGCUGUGCGACUUUUAAUGUCAUAGUUUUCAUUGAAAUAACUUGGAUUAUAGACUGUAACCAGCUCCUUAUUUUUCCCUAGGGUCUUCGUGACCGAGAGCUUAUUAACGAGCUGCCAUCUUGGUUUCAAAAGUACAAUGGGAAGGGGAGGGGCUAGUCUGGGUUCAUGGCGUUGGGGGGAAAGGCUUGAAAAAUAGACACUCUAUUUGAGUUUCCUAAGACCAAUAUAUCUUUUUGAGCUUGUAUGUUCUGCUUUUCCACCUCAGAUCAUGUGAUGUUAGCCCAGCGAAAUGUUUCUUUCAAAUGUCACUCUUUCCACACUGUAUGCAUAUGUGUGCAUAACUAAUGAAUGGACAAAAGGCAAAUUCCUUUCUGCAAGCAUCACGUUGUCUGAAUUGGAAAAAUAAAACUCAUAAGUAGACUACGAGAAUAUUUAAUUUCUAUGCUCACACGCCACUGAAAGAAUUUUCGACCGGUUGAAAAUUAUUAUUAUUAUUACUGUCAUCAUUAUCUAUUCACUACAUGAAAAAGAUUUACGUACUCUUCCCAGCUGAUAUGAAAACUUGAACUUUUCCUUCGUUGGUUCAAAUGGUUGGUUUUCUUACAUGCCUGUUUAUCAACUUAUUUUCCUCCAGCGCAUUUUUUGAUCCUGAAUCCUACUUUGAAUUGAAAUUGCAGCCUUCGACAAAACUACGGUGGUGUUUCGUCCCUGAGAAUAGGAAGCCACAAGCUGGUAAUGGCUUCAACACCGGAGGCAGUCAAAGAGAUACUCGUGACAAGAUCCGCUGAUUUUGCGGGGAGACAACGCACAUAUUCUUUGAAAGAACGAACCUUAGGUAUGCUGGUUCUAUGUAUCGCAAUCCAAGGCAGUUAGUGGAUUCCAGGCACUGGAUUAACUGGAUAGACCUUAUUCACGAUACCCGUCAUCUUUGCAUGCGCCUUAGGAUCGAUGGGAUAUUAGCAAUGUCACGUGGUUUCUCAACGAGUAAUCGCGGUCGAAUUUGUUUAUUCAAUCAACAGAAGACGGCCAUCUAAUACUCAUUCAAAAUGUACAGUUCGAGUUUCGACGAGUUUUACGUCAUUAUUACAUACUGAAUGGACAUCUACGGUUGCUAUUGCUUCCAGAUAACUUACAAUAAACACUUUCACUAAUAACUUGCCAUUAGCGUCUUCAAGAUAAAAAGUUAUUCAUUUUUUGGUGUAGAAUAAACAAACUCGACCGCGAUUUAUUGUAUUGGCAGAUUUUAUCACUUGUUUGCCCCCCCGGGGGAGGGGGGGUACUCGAUAUAUCCUUGGGUGAGGUGCGGCUCGGCCCCUCAUACCCUGACCCUGUUUAAGACAAAAAUCGCUGAUUUUCCUACCCUGUUUAAGACAGAAUUCCGUUUUUUGAUACCCAGUUUAAUAAAUUAGUAGAACAUAAGCGCAGGCUCUUUAUCGUCUAAGAACAGGGUUGUGGGCUCCUGUAUAAGAAAAGAUACCCUGUUUAAGACAAAAAUUGAUAAAAUCGAUACCCUGUUUAAGACAAAAAUCCCGAAAAACAUACCAUGGCUGGCCGCACGUCCUCAUUAAGCCCUUAUAAGGGAGUACCCUCCUCCGACGGGGCUUGCCCCCUGAGCAUAGAUGGCUGGCAUCGUGAAUAAGGUCAAUUCGUUGUCAUAUCAGAACUUGGAUUCUGGAGUCCAAUCGUUAACGGGAUUCCGGAAGGCCUUGAGCUAAAAUACGGAUUCCAAAAAUCUGAAUUCCCGAUUCCAAAGACAAAAAUUCAGAUUCCAGAAUCCGAAUGUAUCUUUCUAUAUGUAUCUUUAACACGGUCACCUCGGCCUCUCUAGUCUUCAGUCUUCUCCUCACUGUUGAACUAACGCCAGCUCUGCUUUCAAACCUGGGAGUACAAUAUGUGAAUAAAUGUGAGACCAAAGGUCAGUUUUGUCCAAUGAAUUUAAAGACAACUGCUAAAACUUCCCCUUCUCCAUAGGUCGUUGAUGACGUCAAAUUAUUUCAUUUCAGUACUAACGUAGUAACUCUGAAUGAGAUAAAAUGGAAAUGGGAAUGGGUACAAAAUGGGAAGAAUAACUGAAUGACAAUUGAUUGGUAUGACAAAGUUAACGUAGAAUCGAAUCACACAUACAAGGGUAUCGCUAUGCGAGGAUUGAUCGUUUGUACAGACGCUACCACUCAUCUGAUUAUUUUAAGUCCCUCUUUAUUCAUUUCAUUUUAUUUUGUUUUUAUUUCCAGGUUGCAAGGACAUCGUCUUUGGAACUGGACCCGCUUGGAAAUUUUAUCGGAAACUCUUUACUACGGCCUUGCGUCAGUACAUCACGGAUAUUCCUCUGAUUGAAAACCGAGUCAUGACCCAGGCUGAGAAACUUGUUCAGUUUAUGGAAGAGCAGCAAGGGAAGCAUUUCGAUCCUGCAGAUUGCUUGCAGCGAAGCGUCGCCGAUGUCAUUUGUGGAAUUACGUUUCAUGAAGGCUCUGACACAACUAACCCGGAUAUCAACCGUCUCCUCAAGCUAAAUGUUCAUCGCUUUAGUAGUACCAAAGAUUAUCAGUUAGUAGUCUUGUUAGAUUUUUUUCAUUUCGCAAAAUACUUACCACUGAAAGUCUACGAUCGCGUUCACCAGAAUUGCUAUGAAAUUUUUAAUAUCAUUCGAAAAUUAAUGACUGAAAGAAAUAAAUCAUUUGAUCCGACAGAACCGGUAGGUGAUUUCAUGUCAGCUUUGCUUCGAGCCAGGAGCGACUUCCGAACAGAAUGUGUGAGUGACGAAGAAAGGGCUGCUCUUCUUUCCGACGACUAUUUCGUGUCUUGUAUGGAGGACAUGUUUGUCGGUGGCUACGAAACCACCAGCACCGCACUAAGAUGGAUCAUGAGUUUCUUGGCUCAGCAUCCACAGUAUCAAAUGGAUAUGCAGAACCAGAUGGACGAAGCAGUCGGAGAUCGCAGGCCCUCCUUGAAUGACCGUCCAAAUCUGCCUCUCGUUCAAGCUGCAAUCUUAGAAGCACUGAGACUUGGAAAUGUGGUACCUCUCGCAGUCCCUCAUGUUGCAGUUACUGAUACAAUCCUAUGUGGCUAUCGUGUUCCUAAAGAUACCAUUGUUUUUGCUGACACAGAGUCUGUCCACCUAGAUCCCAAGUGUUGGGAAGACCCCACCCUGUUUAAUCCAUACCGCUAUAUUGAUGCAGAUGGCGAGCUGAUGACCAACCAAGGGAAUUUUUAUCCUUUUGGAGCUGGACGUCGGGUUUGUGCCGGUGAAUCUUUGGCGAAAAUUGAGUUGUUCCUGUUUGUCGCGUUGCUGGUUCACAACUUCACCUUCAUCGCUGGAGAAGGGCAUCCUCCUAAGGCAAAGGCAUCUAUUACCCAGUUUCCAACUAGCUACACGAUACGUGUCAUCCCAAGAAGAUGA